CAUUUUUGUUUCCUGUUCAGAAAUGAACGAAUCCCUCGCUGAGACAACUCGUCGUUCCCGAGUCAUAUUAAAGAUUCAUUCAAAAUGAACGAAUCGUUCAAGAACGACCCAUCACUAGUAGGAGGCGCGCUUCACGUGUGGUCGGAUUGCUACAUGUAAACACAAAAGUCUUAAUACGUUCCCAAUUAGGUUGUGUAAUUAAAUGGCUGCUCGGAAUAUUAAAGGGCACCCGGUUUACUCUGCAUGGUGUUUUUAGUGCUGAAGAAAUGUUUGUUGCGGCUUUUUCAGAGCAGGAGCAGAGGGAACUAGCUGAGAAGCUGACUUCGCUCCUGUCAACCUACAGACACAUAUCAGACUCCUACAUAAUAGAGUUCUUCAGUGAGAGUUUGUGGGAUACUCUACCUGUGAGCUGGCAGGACGCCCUCGGUGAUCUUACACCCCCACAGAUCGCUGAUCUGCUGCUGGAUAAAGAGACUCAGGACAGGCGGUACCCAUCUGUGUGGCCUCUUUCCUUACUGGCGCUGCGGACAGCAGCACAUGCGCUGACGUUUCCACGUAAAGCACCAGGUGGGCACAGUCAGGACACAGGUGCAGCUGUGCCAGAGGAGUUUCAGUUGAACCAGAGUCAGAGUUCUUUGUUAGGACACAUUUUCCGUAAACACGUCAAGCCAAAGAAGCAGCAUGAAAUCUGCCAACUAGGCACGCUGGUCAAGAAGUUGUGUGAUCAGGCUAACUGUAAGUGUGUGGUUGAUGUUGGAUCUGGGCAGGGCCAUUUGACACGGUUUCUGUCUUUUGGACUCGGCCUGGAUGUCACUGGAAUUGAAGCUGACCCUAACCUUGUUUCCAUGGCUACUAAAUUUGAUAGACAGCUUCUAUUGACACUCACCAAAGAGAAUCAAAAGUCAGGAAAUGCUCAGAGUCUUCAUUCUGCACCUGGUCCUUCUCCUCGUCAUGUGGUGGGCUGGGUCAACCCAAAGGCUUCAUGGGAUGUCUUCAUUCAGCAGCUUGGUGUGAUAGCAACUGAAAGUGACAGUAUUAGAGCAACCACUGGGUCAAGUGAAAAGAAACAGCAGGUGGAGGAGCUGCAUCUAGAGCCGCAUUCAUGCCAAACCAAAGCAGAGGAGUUACAAAAUGCACUGCUGACUCAAAAAACUGCUAUUAAUACUUCAGACUCUGUAGCACAAAUAAACACUCAGGUUUUUCCAUCAGUGAUGGCAACCAAAAUGCUUACCUGUAAAACCGUACCAGUUAAUGAUUGUGGUGCCAAAAAACCUGCUAGUUUUGUCCUUACAGGUCUUCACGCCUGUGGAGAUCUUAGCUCUACACUUCUGCGUCAUUUCACCAACUGCCCUCACGUUCAGGUCAUCACAUCGGUCGCUUGCUGCUACAUGAAAAUCUCAACCAAGGAGCAGCCAAACCCUCCAGGGGUUUUUCAGCCCUCGUUUUCUUCAGACACAGUGGUAGAUUCCUGUUCAGAAUAUGGUUAUCCUAUGAGUGACUGGGUACGUGGAUUACCAGGGCAUCAGCUGUCGUAUAAGGCACGAGAGGGUGCAUGUCAUGCAAUAGAGGACUAUCUCCAUCGUCUGAGAGAGGAGAGUGGCUUACUGCGGACACACUGCUACAGAGCCAUCUUAGAAAGCAUCAUCAGAGCGGAGAGGCCUGAUAUGCGCAGACCGGGAGUUCAGACUGUUAAGAAAGCCCACGCACUGUCAUUUUCUGAGUAUGCUCGUUUGGCAUUGCCUCGGGUGGGCCUACCUGCUGAUCUCCCACUUGACCCUGUCCGUGUGGAUGCAAUGCUAGCACACCAGGGUAAAGUGGUGGCGUACUUCAGCCUGGUUCUUCUCCUUGCACCUGUGGUGGAAACUCUAGUGUUACUGGACAGAAUGAUUUUCCUGCAGGAGAAAGGUUUCCAGAGUAAACUCAUCCCACUCUUUGAUGCUGCUUUUUCCCCACGCAACCUGGUACUGGUGGCCGUCAAGCCCAAAGAAGCACAGAGCUGAAUGAAAUAACAUGCACUAAGAUAGUCGAAUCCAAGUUCUGAAUUACAACCAUAUAAUUAGAUUAACAGUAACAUAUUAUGAAUGAAAUGCUUUUAAAUGAAACGCCAUCAGACAUUUGGGAACUGAAAUUAGAGGUCUGAUUUUCCGUUUUCCAGAGUGACUCAUUAAUGGCUCAUUGUCAACCAUUUUUCAGCCGCCAUGCUUGCUUUCACACAUAAGCAAAAACCUCAUUUUAAAUGAGUUUUUGUCUGAAUUGGAGAGAGGGAAAUUCUUCUUCAGAUUUUAAACUUUUAAUAUAUGUUUUUUAUAUUUUUAACCUUAUUAAAAAGACAUGAGAGUCAAACUGUUUUGUGUUUUUUCAUAGUUGUCAGACUGGAUUUAUUGCAUGAAAUUUUCUCAAUUGUUUUUUUUUUUUUAAGGCACAGGUUUUAUAUUAUACUGUGCAUAGUUGCUAUUGUCUAUGGUUCACCUCUAUUAAAAAAGACAUACAGUAUUCAGACACAGAAUCUACUGUAUGACCGCUGGUGUAUGAAUGCUAUAUCUGUAAAUAAAAAUAGUUUAAUGUCA